UGCGCACGCGCGGCCGCGGGGCGGGGCGGGGCGGGGCCGUUGCCGCGGUGACCGGGACGCGCCGUGGGGGCCGCCAUGGAGCUGGUGGGGCCCCGGUACCUGGGGGGCGUCGUGCGCGGCAGGAUGGAAGGAUUCGGCUACUACACGCUGCCGACGGGCACCGAGUACCGGGGCUCGCUGUGGGACGGGAUGUUCCACGGGAAGGGCCAGCUGCUGCGCCCCAAAGGCGGCGGAUACCGGGCGCUCUGGGACCGCGGGGUGCCCACGCAGGUACGGCCGGGGGGGUUCACCCUCAGGGGUCUCCGCUGGCAGAGGUUGGAGGGGAAACACGCGGAUUUCCGAGCCCAGGCAGCGUUCGGCCCCUCGGGGUACGGGGGAGGCUGCUGGCGGCCCGGCACCGCGGACAGGAUUCCCGACAAAGGGCGAGCGGGGCCGCGCUGGCCCUGCCGGUGCUUCUGUCCAUCCAUCACGGUUAUUAACUCUGCUCUCAGACGUGUUUUGCAGGGGAAAUACACUUUUAUAGAUGGUCUUGAAUACGAAGAGGAAAAAUGGCUUUACUGCGAUGGCUACGACAGAAGAUUCUAUACAGAAAUCCGUUCUGGUUUUAAACCACCAGGCAUUGCUCAGCUUACAAAUCUGGAUCCUCCCAAAAUAAUCCCAAAAGGUUGUUAUGACUUUGCUGAUGGAUUCUAUAACCCCAAAACCAGAGUAAUUGUUGACUACAAACGCAGGUUUCUGAAAAAUGCAGAAAUAGGACUCCUGGCACCUUUGUAACAGAGUUUGGUCAAUAGAAAGAUCGGAAGAUUUCCCAGUUUUUCAGUGAAAAGUAGAAACUACAAGACGUUAUUUUUAAUGCAAAGCAGAGAGGUACAAGAAGAGCUGUGACAGUCAGAUUUUAGACCCUCUUGAAUAUCAGAAAAGCCCAUAAAUUUCAAAGAGAAAAUACAAUCAAAGCCAGGAAAUUUUUUAUACUGAGAUGGAAAAGAUCUCAGCAGAUUGCCUGGGUCACCUGUCUUGAUGAAAAGCAAAGAUAUUUUUGAUGAAAAUUGCCUUGUUUCUCCUGUGGUUUUCACAGGAAUGGGUUAAAUAA